CAGUUCCUCUUUCCACCUCCAGGAAGUCAAACUGGAGGAAGGAGGGCAAACUCGGGGAGGCGGGGCUCGGUGCCACGGGGCAGUAGAGACGGCCCGCGGUCCCCCAGCCCCCCAACCCCGCAGCGAUCCGGGAUCCGAGCGCUGGCCCUGGCGUUCGGGCACUUUCUCGGCCAGAUGGCAGACCCCCGCCCAGAUCCUGAAUCAGAGCUCCAGUCUGUGUUCCCGCGGGAGGUCGGGCUCUUUGCCGACUCUUACUCGGAGAAGAGCCAGUUCUGCUUCUGUGGGCACGAGCUGAGUAUCACGGAGAACUUCGGGUCCUGCCUCGGGGUGGCAGGGCGCGUGUGGGACGCGGCUCUGAGCUUGUGCAACUAUUUCGAGAGACAAAAUGUGGAUUUCCGAGGCAAGAAAGUGAUCGAACUGGGCGCGGGCACGGGCAUCGUGGGUAUCUUGGCAGCGCUGCAGGGGGGGGAUGUUACCAUCACUGACCUGCCCCAGGCCCUAGAACAGAUCCAGGGCAACGUCCAGGCCAAUGUGCCGGCUGGAGGCCGGGCCCAGGUCCGCACCUUGUCCUGGGGGAUUGACCAGCAUAUGUUCCCUGGAGACUAUGACCUGGUGCUGGGGGCUGAUAUCGUGUAUCUGGAGUCCACCUUCCCGCUGCUGCUGGGGACCCUCCAACACCUGUGCGGGCCCCACGGUACCAUCUAUCUGGCUUCCAAGAUGAGAGAGGAACACGGGACAGAGAGCUUCUUUCAGCACCUCCUGCCCCAGCAUUUCCAACUGGAGCUGGUCCAGCGGGAUGAGGAUGAGAAUGUCAACAUCUAUAGGGCCAGGCACAGGGAACCAAGGCCUGCCUGACGUCACCCUUCCGUUCCUCUGAACCCCUUCUUCUAAUGAAGGAACUGCCAUAUCUCCAAAGCCAUAAACAUAAGGAUCAAAAAGGAUGGAUUUCCCUUGCCUCAGUCUUUUCUCCUGCCCUCUUUGUUUCUCAAGAUACUCUUGGGCAGGUGCAGAGGGGAGCUGCUUGCUAGGAAUACUAGAGCCCUAGCUGUACUGGCUUAGAGUGCAGAGGAAGUUCCCAGUUCCUGUUCUCAGCGGAGGAAGGU